UGGGAAACGAGAAUGUUUCAAUGAUAGGGGUGAUGGUGUAUGCAUGAUGGGAAUCGAGAAUGUUUCAAUGAUAGAGGUGAUGGUGUAUGCAUGAUGGGAAUCGAGAAUGUUUCAAUGAUAGAGGUGAUGGUGAAUGCAUGAUGGGAAUCGAGAAUAUUUCAAUGAUAGUGGUGAUGGUGAAUGCAUGAUGCGAAUCGAGAAUGUUUCAAUGAUGGGGUGAUGGUGUAUGCAUGAUGGGAAUCGAGAAUGUUUUAAUCUUGGAGGUGAUGCUGUAGUACGUAUGAUGGGAAUCGAGAAUGUUCCAGUGUCAGAGGUGAUGGUGUAUGCAUGAUGGAAAUCGAGAAUAGAGGUGAUAGAGGUGAUGGUGUAUGUGUGUCUUCACACCACGAAUUGUUUAUUGACUGUCCAAUUAAAACAAAUGACAAACAAUAACUAAUGUAUACUCAUUUAUGGUUUGACAAGGCUUUGAAUGACAGUUAAAAGUAGAGUCAUAAGAUUGUGACAUGUUGUCAUCUUUAAUAUUUAAGACGAAGCAAUCAUACACUUGUCAAGCCGGGUUCCGCACAGAUGAUUGCCUUGCCGCUGUGUCACUAUAAAAGAUAAAUGAGAAGGAUACUGCCGUCGAAAUUUGUUUGCUCUUGAUCUCUAGGGCUGUGGGCGAUGUCGGCGGUAUCCACUCCAGUACUCCUGAGCGCCGUGCUGCUGAUGCUGGUGGUGUGGCCCGACGUCAGUUUGGGAUGGGGAAGUAAUUCACCCUCAAGGAGCCGUCUUUUGCAGCUGCAACGUUUACGGUUGUCCAGAUCAGAUUACCCGGACGACGACGACGACGGCGUCGAUGACGACUACCCUUCACACAGAAGAAGCUCCUGGAGAAGGACGCCGCUGUGGGAUCGAGGUACACCCAAACCGUCCACAAGGAGGACAUUUAACACAGUGGACACUGACGAUGACGACUACCCUUCAUACAGUAGAAACUCCUGGAGAAGGACGCCGCUGUGGGAUCGAGGUACACCCAAACCGUCCACAAGGAGGACAUUUAACACAGUGGACACUGACGAUGACGACUACCCUUCAUACAGCAGAAACUCCUGGAGAAGGACGCCGCUGUGGGAUCGAGGUACACCCAAACCGUCCACAAGGAGGACAUUUAACACAGUGGACACUGACGAUGAUGACUCCCAAGAGGACUAUUCUCAGUACAGACACCGUGCGUUUUCACGAUUACGUCAAGUUCGGGAUGACUACUACAGAAACCGCAAGGGUGGUUCCGGUGGCAGCGAGGACUACAACGACGAUACCCAAUCAUCAGGGCAGCGUCGAGCCAUAUGGGGAGGUAGACAAGCCAACGAUAGAGGAAUGAGUGGACUUUAUGCCAGGCUCCUAAAGUACUUACAAUCCAAAAAACAAUAAUUUAGUGUGUUUCUACUAAUGAUGUUGAUUCAUCAAGCACACCACACGAUCUGUCAGAACAUGUAGUUAUCUACAGCUUGGAUUAAAUAUGAUACUCAAACGUUA